UAAAUAGGUAUGAUACGAGGAAAUACCGGAUUUUAUACGUAUGCAGCAUGGCUAGAUGCUAUCGCAUAUUCAUACACUUUAGUUUGUUCGACAACUGUAGACGGCGCUAUGAACUUCAACUCUGUACGUGCACACUUAGCCACCUUCAUUCAGUAGUUAUUCGUCCUUCGCGACGAAUACCUUCAUUUUUAAUUGCCGGUGGUUAUAUUGCUGCUUUGUAAUCGCGCCGGUUUACGUUUUUCUUGGCGAUAAAAGAUGCCUUACCGUUACAAAAUGCGCUCGCUCAGCAGAGCUUGCUUAGUCUUCAGAAACUCGUGCGCUGAGAAGAACAACACGCAUUUCACCGUUGGCAUACCCGGUAGAAAAUUCUCAACCAGUGGCGCGGUCAACAUGAGAUUCGUUCAAUUUAUUGGCAAAAAUGGGGGUCCACAACACUUAGGAGUCCAACUGGUCCAGGGUGGUGACAUAAUCGCGGUGUCUGCCGUGGACUCGCGGAUCCCAAACUCGUUGAAGAAAUUCCUCGAGGGCGGCGAAGACUUAUUGAAGAAAGCUAAGAGCGAAGAGGAGUUAGACCUGUUAACUAUGGUAGAAAGAAUAGUGGCAGAGGGUAGAAGCGUGAUACCGGAAGCGGACGUGAAGUUUUUAGCGCCGGUUACGCGGAUGGACAAACUGUUGUGCGUCGGUUUGAACUACAGCGGCCACUGCAGGGAGCAAGGAAUCUCGCCACCGGAAUCGCCCGUCAUCUUCAACAAGUUCGCCAGUACCAUCAAUGGUCCGCGCGACAACAUUAUGCUUCCGCCGCUCGAGGACAAAGUUGACUGGGAAGCCGAGCUCGCGAUAGUAAUCGGCAAAAAGUGCAAGGCGUUGAACAAUGACGAGGGGGAGGACUGUAUUUUCGGUUACACAGUGGCGCAGGACAUCACCGCGCGGGAUUGGCAGAAGUCGAAGAGAAACGGUGGCCAAUUUCUCUUGGCCAAAGCGAUGGACACGUUCUGUCCGCUGGGGCCGGCGGUAGUGACCAAGGAGGCCGUAUGUGAUAUCAAUAAUCUGCCUGUGAAAACGUGGGUAAACGGCAACCUUAAACAAGACGGCAAUACUAAGGAGCUGAUCUAUAAACCCCAAGAAAUCGUUGCCUACAUUUCGCAAUUUAUGACCCUGUUACCAGGAGAUGUAAUUCUAACAGGCACACCGGCCGGCGUGGGAUAUACUCGCAAACCACCUGAAUAUUUACAGCGUGGGGAUGUGCUGGAAACGGAAAUAGAGGGCCUGGGCCGUCUCAGAAAUAAAGUUCUCUGAUCUGGCGAGAGGAUCAGACCCAUAGAAGACGUACGAGAGGAAUUCGCCUACAUGAACAACGAACGUACGUUAAGAGAAUGGAACCAGCGUCGAAUGGCCACGGUUCCGAUACAAUGUGCUUUGUAUUCGACGUUGGAUCCACGAUAAUGCGAAUAGAGAGACAGGAUUCGUUACAGGCGACCGCAACGUCGUCAGCUGAAAACUUUAAUAGCAAAUUGAAAGAAUAAAAGUUUUGAUACCACUGGUAUUGAACUGAAGCCUAA